GGCUUUAAUCUCGGACUAAUUCAGCUGCUUUUGAAGUGAAAAUUUCUACCAGUUCGUACUUCGGGAGUACAGAGCGAGGACCUGCAGACAGACGCACUCAAGGCGCAGCGCUCAUGGUGCAAGACGCAGACGCGGAUCUGCGAUAACCUCGCACGGUCUCCUUCCUUCCAGCUGCCUCGCCUUGCUUCUUCUUUUACAACCAGGAUUACUUUAUUAUUGAACCGUUUUACGAUCCUGAUUUUUUUCUUCCCCCACAGAGAAAGAGGCUCGAUGCUUUUUUGAUUUUUCUUAAUGAAUCUGACGAAAGCAUCGCCGUUUCAUUUCCUGACAAUUGGGACAUGAUCACGUCGCCCUCGGCGUCUGCCCUGAAAAAUAGUGAUAUUUGUGUAGCCUGGGAAAGCAGCAGUUCUCGGAAUAGCAGCUCAGCGAGCAUCAACAAGCCUUUUCUCCACUCCGCACCCCCGUCUGAUCCACUACGGCAAGCUAACCGACUUCCCAUCAAGGUUUUGAAAAUGCUUACCGCACGGUCGGGACACAUUUUGCACCCGGAGUAUCUGCAGCCUUUGCCUUCUACCCCGAUUAGUCCCAUAGAGCUAGAUGCCAAGAAAAGUCCGUUGGCUCUGCUGGCGCAGACCUGCUCUCAGAUCGGCAAACCGGACCCGCCACCCACCUCCAAAUUAUCCUCCGUCACAUCAAAUGGAUCUAGUGAGAAGGAAUCUAAAUCUGGUCCUUUGAAAUUGAGUGACAUCGGUGUGGAUGACAAAUCUAGCUUCAAACCUUAUUCUAAGCCUUCAGAUAAGAAGGACUCGUCUUCGGGCGUCUCAAGCGGAGAGAAGUCUGGUUUCCGAGUGCCGAGCGCCACCUGCCAGCCGUUUACGCCGCGGACAGGCAGCCCCAACUCCAGCACUUCUGCCUCCCCCAUGCCAUCAGAGGGGAAAUGUGGGGAAAGGGAUGACAAGAAAGAGUCUGAUUGUAAUAAAAAUGGCACUACGGACGGGUCUGGCACCACUAGCCACAGCAGGAUAAGCGUGAGUUGUGGUGGAAUUAACGUGGAGGUCAACCAACACCAGGAGACGACGCCUGGCACUAAAACCACCUCCUCCUCGGAGUCCUCAUCUGUAACUUCUGUAUCCUCCGCAUCCGUUCUCGGGUCAGGACUUGUGGCGCCGGUUUCUCCUUACAAACCGGGGCAGACAGUUUUCCCUUUGCCUCCUGCCGGUAUGACCUACCCAGGUAGCUUGGCUGGGGCCUAUGCUGGUUACCCUCAACACUUCCUGCCCCACGGAGGGAGCUUGGUAAACGCACAGUUGGCCAGUUCACUGGGCUGCAGUAAGGCUGGAUCCAGCCCUCUGGCUGGAGCCUCUCCACCGUCCAUCAUGUCAGCCAGCCUGUGCAGAGACCCUUACUGCCUCAGUUACCAUUGUGCCAGUCACUUAGCGGGCGCAGCCAGUGCGUCCUGCACGCACGACUCUGCAGCUGCAGCAGCGGCCGCUAACGCCCUCAAAUCCAGCUACCCACUAAUGUACCCGACACACCCCAUGCAUGGCGUCCAUUCCUCGGCGCCAUCAUUUAGCGGACACCCCCUGUACCCAUACGGUUUCAUGCUCCCCAACGACCCUCUCCCCCAUGUUUGUAAUUGGGUGUCGGCAAAUGGACCGUGCGACAAGCGUUUCUCCUCAUCAGAAGAGCUCCUGAAUCACCUGAGGACUCACACUGCUUUUACCGGGGCGGAGAAGUUGAUAUCUGGUUAUCCCGGGUCUUCAUCACUGGCCAGCGCUGCAGCAGCGGCCAUGGCCUGCCAUAUGCACAUGCCACCUUCAGGUGCCCCCGGGAGCCCCGGAACUUUGGCUCUAAGGAGCCCGCAUCACGCGUUAGGACUCAGCAGCCGCUACCAUCCGUACUCAAAAAGUCCCCUGCCAACCCCCGGUGCCCCUGUUCCCGUCCCCGCUGCCACCGGCCCUUACUACUCUCCUUAUGCACUGUAUGGCCAGAGACUCACCACAGCAUCAGCGCUUGGAUACCAGUGAGGAAAAAAGAGACUUUGAAAAGUUUAUAGUACUAAGAAUGCAAAUAUAAAGACUUUUAUAAUAACAGUGCUAAACUUAUGGGCGGGAUCCGUGGACUUCAACUGUAUUUAUUUAUAUGUCGGCUUAAAAGCAGGCGAUAAUAGCUGCAAAUGGAAAAUAUUUGAGCAACUCAAAAAGUGCAUUAUGUUGAAACUGAACUCUAUAGGUAAAAAUGAAAACACACACAUGUUAGAGUACUAAUUAAAGUAGGGGUCCUCAUUUCGAUGUUAAUUUGAAAAUUGCUAUGAUUGUAUUUGUUCUUAUUUAAUGUCUCAUUGAGAAGAAAAAUAAUUUACAUGCAUGUUUGUUUCUUAAAUUUCAGAAAUUGUCCACAUUUUAAAUUGCCGUUAUUUUUCAGGUGUAACACCUUGGAAAGAGAAUUGGUAUUUUUUUGUAUGUAUUCUGGAAAAAAUAAGAAACAAUUCUGUUCCAUA